AUGGAGAAAUUCAAGGCAGCCAUGGUUCUGGGUGCUGUUGGUGAUGCCUUAGGCUACAGGAAGGGCCAAUGGGAAAGCUGUACCUCAGGCAAGAAGAUCCAAGAGGAACUGGCCUCUCUGGGUGGACUGGGGGCCCUUAAACUGGAUCCUGAUAACUGGCCCCUGAGUGAUGCAACACUGAUGCACAUCACCACAGCAGAAGCACUUGUAACAGAUUACUGGUGUCUGGAGGAUCUGUACCGGGAGCUGGUGCGUCUCUAUGUUGAAGCCAUGGUGUCUCUUCAGGGCAGAGCCCCUGAUCCGGCCACAGUGGAGGGCUGCGUGCACCUCAAACCUCACAACUUCCUGCUCGCCUGGCAUACUCCCUUCAAUGAGAAAGGGUCUGGGUUCGGGGCAGCUGCCAAGGCCAUGUGUGUGGGGAUGAGGUACUGGCAACCUGAGAGAAUAGACAACCUGGUGGAGGUCAGCAUUGAGAUUGGCAGAAUGACCCAUAACCACCCCACAGGCUUCCUCGGCGCAAUGACAACGGCACUGUUUGCAUCCUAUGCGAUCCAGGGGAAACCUCUUGUGACUUGGGGCCGCGAGCUCAUGAAGGUCAUCCCUCAGGCUGAGGAGUACUGCAGGAAGACCAUACGACACAUGGCAGAAUAUCAAGAAAACUGGUUUUACUUUGAAGCCAAGUGGCAAUUUUAUCUGGAAGAAAGAGAGUUAGAGAAGGACGGACAGAACAAACCUUUGUUCCCUGAUCGCUAUGAUGCUGAGGAGACAGACAAGACAUAUAAGCGCUGGAGCUCAGAGGGCCGUGCGGGCCGCAGAGGUCACGACUCCCCCAUGAUAGCCUACGAUGCCCUCCUGGGAGCAGGAAGUGACUGGGCUGAGCUGUGUAAACGAGCCAUGUUUCAUGGAGGUGAGAGUGAAGCCACAGGCCUGAUCGCAGGUUGUCUCUUCGGCCUCAUGCAUGGCCUGAACCAGGUUCCCUCAGGCCUGUACCAGGAUUUGGACAAAAGGGAGCGUCUGGAGGAGCUGGGGGAAAAGCUUUACAAAGCAGCAUCUGCAGAGAAGUGCAUAGACAAGUAA